AUGCCUACCUCCAUGUGGGAAAGAGUUUCCACCGUCGUGGGCCUGAGGCCCGUCGUUUUCAGCUUUGAGGGUGUCAAGCCGCACCUCGCCCCCAACACGGCAUCUGGCAAGUCCUACAUGAGAACCGUGCGGUAUGGCGACUUUUACGUUGUGGUCAACAAGAUCAGAACCAUAUUCGACUACACGGACAUUGAGCCUUUCAAGGCGUACGGGGUCGAGGGGUGGUGGCUGGACAACCUUUUGAAGACCGGCAAGCUAACCCGUGAAACCUAUUUGCACCUAGCUGCCCGUGCUACAGAUGGGUUCCAGAAACGUCUGGCGGAUUGCAGGGCAGCCGAACGCUGCUUGCAAGAAGAGUCUUUACGCGCUGAGGUUUCGGCGCAACAGCAUGCGCGGGUCUCAAUAAUUAGAAUAAAGAUUUGA